AUCUGGGAAUAAAUAAUAAUAUGAAAGGAUUUGUUAUUAUUUUUUUAUAAAAUUAAAAAAUCAGAUUAUUCUCUUUAAUUUUUUUAAUAAUAAUAAUAAUAAAGUUAACAUUAUAAUAAGUAUUUGUAAAUAGAUAAUUUUAAUAUUUUAAAAAUCACUGCAAUUUGUUUAUAUAUAAAAUCAAUAUUAUAUUCUGUAUUAAAUGAAAUUUUAGAAAUGACAUUUUAGAUAAUGAAUUAUCCAUAAACUAUAUAUAUAUAUAUAUAUAUAUAUAUACUACAUUAUUUUCUUAUUUUAUAAAAAAGUUAAAGAAUAUUACAAAAAAGCUAUUCCAUAAAAUAUAACUAUGAUUUCGUAAUUUUGAUAAUGUUUUUAAAUAAGUCUAUGAAAGAUUUGAAUUGCUAAUGUGUCCAGAUAGUAAUUUUAAUAUCUGUACUGGUUGGACUCAAGAAUGGAUAUCUUCAAAAAAACUUCAAAAAGAUAAACAUCUUGAUAUACAAGAGAUAGUGCGUGGACCAUUUUCUUCACCAAGACUAUUAAAAACUUGUCCAUUAAUAGUGUUUUCGUCUUGUCCACAACAAAAUGAAAAUAUAGAAAAAAAUUAUUGCAAUAUACGUCGAGGUAUACCUGAUACUUGGAAAGAAUAUCUAGCGUGUAAAGGUUUUUGUAAUACAAUAGAAAAAUAUAUAUUGCAAAAAAAUUUGAUAUCUUCCUGUGUCAGAUAUUUUGCCACUGAUAAAAUAUGGACUGACACAGGUUUACAUUUUACACAAGGAAUUCCUGAUCCAUGGAAAUGUAAGUCUCUGACAACAAGUCAGUGCAUCAAAUAUCCACGAGCACAAUAUUCUCGCGCCAAAAACAUUUGUUCUACUCGAAAGGCAAAUACAUAUGACGGAGAUGAUGAAGCAGAAAUAGAACUCAAUGAACAGUUUAAUAAAGAUCACAUUGAUAAUAAAAAAGAUUCUCUUCAAGAAGAACGAAAUAAAUCAAAUCAUCCGCCAAUUUCAAACAAAGAAUUUAAAAUAUUAAAAAAUAAUACGGAAGAAAUUAAAAAAGAAGAAAAAAAAAAUACUAAUCAGUUAAUUUUAGAUAAGAAUUCAAAAUUAAUAUCUAAUCAGAAAAAGCAUAGAGAAAAAAUAAAAAUUGAAAAUACUGAAUUUAAUAAAACUGAAUUAAAUAAAACUGCUCUUAAACCUCAAGAAAUCAUAUCUAAUAAAAAUAAAAAAAAAAAUAUUAAAAUAAAUGUAGAUGAAAAACAAUUUUCGCCAAAUAUACAUUCAAAUGAUUUAAAAAUUAAAACAAAUAACAAAAAAGAAGUUCAAACUAUACCAAUAAAAGUUAUAAAUGAAGCUGUGCAAACUAAUACAAUUCAAAAAGAAAAAACUGAGCAAGUACAAGAUUCAUUUUUUGUAAAUCAAGGAAAUCUUAAUACUGUCUGUUGCAAUUGUAUAUUACAAAAUUAUAUACUUUCAUGUAUGAAACAUUUUUCUAAUUUUGCAAACUUAUUAAAAGGCGUAAAUCUAUCAAAUCACAUAUUAUGUCAAGAUUGCGAAAAUAUUUAUUGCAGAAAUAAUUCCCAAAGAUUAAUUUCUGCCGUGAAAGAGUUAGAAUUUUGUACUCCACAUCCAGAAAAAUAUUCAAAGCAAAAAAAAAUUUACAAUUGGACAAAAUUAAAACUGUGUGCUUGCAUGCAAAAAGCUAAAAAACAAUUCGAGAAACGAAACAGAUUAGAAAAAUGUAUGAAAAUAAAAAAUUCGAUUAUUUCUAAACAAAAUCUAAAACUAAUAUGUCAUCAUUGUGAUAGUCCUUAUUUAAAAAUUAUAAAAAUUAAUAAUGCAAAUACUUACGAUCGAAAAACAUAUUCAUGUAUUUGUAAAAAAACCUUGAAUGCAUCGAAAAACGAAAUACAAAAUACAUGCAUACAAAAUAAAAUUAAAGAUUGCACUUCACAACAUUCAAUUGCAAAAAAACGAAGAAAUCGAGAUUCUAAGAAAUGUUAUACGUGCAAUGAAAACAUAAAGCAUACUUCUAAGAAUGACCUUGAAUGGACGUCACAUUUGAUGGCUACUGAAUGUGAAAAAGAUAGAACAAAAAAAUGUGAUCAUAGAUUCCCAAAAAAAAAUAAUUACGAUGAUAAUAUUUUAAAAUUAGAAAUUCCAGAAAUUAGAAUUAAUAAAGAAGAAGAUAUUCAAAAUUGUUCUGAGAUAUAUGAUAGUAAUAUGAUAUAUGAAAAUAUAAUCAAAAUGCAAAAAAUGCAAAAAAAUCUUCAAUGUAAUCAAUCGUUUAUUGACAAUGAAAAAAAUGAAAAAAAAUGCAAAAAAAAAAUAUUGAAAGAUAAAUGUUUUAAUGUUAUAAAUACUGGGACUAAUACUAAUGAAGAAAUUAAAGUUGAAUUUUCAAAACAAAUUCAAUGUUCAAAAUUAGACAAAACUUUAUAUUCUGUAACAGAUAGUGGAGAAUAUGCGGACAUAUCUGAUAACAUAUCUGGAUUUUAAUGUAAAAAUCAAAUGUCAGUGACUUUAAUAAUUUAAGCACAAUGAUUAAUACAAUUCCAAUAUUGAGACAAUUUAAGAGAAAAAAAUUUAAAAUUAUAAUUAUAAAUUGUAAAUCAUUGGAAGAAAUCAUAUUAUAUAUGAAGAUUUUGAAUUUUAGAAAUCAAAAACAAAAUCAGACAUGACAUCAAAAUAAUCAAUUGUGUAACAAUAUUUUUUGUUUCAUGUUUAAUAAAAAGAUAAAAAUUAUGAUUAUGAAAAAUUAAUUAUUGAUUAUGAAUAAUUAAUUAGAACAAGAAAAUCAAAAGAUAAGUAUUGAAAUAUAUAAUAGAUAAUAUAAAAGUAUAUAAUAUAAAAAAAUAUAACAAAAAAUAUCUGAUGUUAUUUUCACAGGAUAAUAUAAUUAUGUUAGUAACAUAUAAUUGAGAAAUGAUCAUAAAGGAAAAACUAAAUUGAUAAUAUUCUUGUAAUUAAUAUAUAAAUAAUUUCUAAAACAAUUUUUUUGCUAACAUCAAUAAUAAAAUAUUCAUCAAUUUUUAUUAUCUGAAAGAAA